AUGUCAGACUUGGAAAGUUUUACAAAGUUUAAUGAAACAUUUUGCCUGUUUACAUUGAAAUAUGUGGCAGCAGAAACACAUCAAAGCAUUUCCAAUAUAAAGUUAAAAAGUGAAGUGCCAAUCAUCACUAUUUGUAAAACGAACAAAAUAACUACGAAGUGGCAUCAAAGACGAAGAAUUAUUACAUCAGCCUUCCAUUUCAAUAUUCUUCAACAAUUCACUGAAAAUGUGGAUCGUCAUGGAGAGUUAUUCGUGUCAAAUUUAAAGAAGUUUGAAGGUCAGAAGAAUAAAGAAGAAAUAUCAGUUGGUGACAUAAUAAUUUCAGAAAAUGUAGCGGCUACAAUUGCGCCGUAUUUCCUGGGAAGAAAUCCAGAAAUUUAUCAAAAUCCUUUGAAGUUUGACCCAAUGAGAUUUAAAGCAGAAACCAACAAUGAAAGAAAUCUUUAUGCUUAUGUUCCCUUCAGUGUCGGUCCAAGGAACUGCACUAGACAAAAGUUCACCAUAUAG